CCUUUUCCCGUAGGCGAAUGCCCCCAGGGUUUCACUCACCUGGGCGACGGCUGCUACCUCUUCGGGCAGGAUCCGUUCGUCCAAAGCGAAGCGGAGGACUUCUGCCUGGGUGUUGGCGCCAACCUGGUGUCCUUCGAUUCCUGCGGUGCCUUUGGUCACGUGUCUAGAUACCUCGAGAUGGCAGGUCUGGCCACGCAAGGGCUGGGAUUCUGGGUGGGCGCCUCCCGCGUGGACGACAAAUGGACGUGGAGUGACAGCGGGGAUGAUCUCCCUUACGGCGCCCCACUUUGGGAUCCCUUCAGGACUCUGGAGGACGCCCACGCCUGUGCUCUCCUGUCGGCCACGGGGGGAUACCUUCUGUCGGAGGAGUGCAGCCAGGUGGCCCUUGCUCUCUGCGAGGUCCCCGUCCCGCCCUCGGCCGCCGGUCCUUCCCCUGCUCCGAAGCCCGAGAGGACCCCGAGGGAAGCGUGUCCCGAGCCCUUCACGGCCGUCGGCGAGCGCUGCCUGUACGUGAACGACAACUUCCUCACGUGGGACGCGGCGAGGGCCAGCUGCCAAGGACUGGCCUCGGGCUACGUGACCGACCUGGCCGUCCUGGACACGUGCGACGCCUUCUCGCUCCUCGCCCGCCACCUGGACGGCAGAAACUCGGCUUACCAGGACUGGCUGUGGAUCGGCGCCAGGGACUUCGAGGAGACCGGCGCCUUCAGGUGGGUCUCCGGCGAGUACGUCAGCCCGGGCGUGCCCCUGUGGUGCCCCGGACAGCCCAACGCGUUCGAGGGCAGGCAGCACUGCGCCAUGCUCUGGGGCUCCAACUUCUACUACGUCGCCGAUGACGACUGCAGCGACAUUCGUAAGUCGGUGUGCGAGGUCGGCCUUUAGGUUCGUGACGCACGGAUCGUCAGGAGGCGGCCCCGUGCGCUGGCCUUGUCUCCGGCGCCAGGAGGAAGGGACACAGCUGGCCCAUGGCUUCGUUUGCUGAUGGUAGUCGGAAUAUGGUAAUUGGUGUCAGUAUAUUUAGAAGGUUCUGGACCUGUAAUAAAGAGAUCAUGAUGCGAA